AGCAGGUUGUGUGUGGGUGACAGCGGCUAGCAUCACACUUACCGUCAAACAACGACCACCAGCUUUAAGUUUACAGGGACUGGGGGUUGAAUUUAUGAUCUUUCUAGCUCAAGAUAACACCUGCUAAACGGAGAAAACGCCUUUUCUGACCACGGCGAGAAUGUCUGUCCCGACAGGAGAGGGAUGAAGAUGACACCACUGUUAUGGCGAGUUGUGUCAGUGUGGCUAUGUGUGGCGCUAUUCUGUAGGUAUCCUAGUUUCUAUGUGGGUUGCACUGAGUCACAAAAAGACCCCCAGAGGCCCGAGUCCUCACAGGACAUGGGUGUGGUGGAAGACUCAGGGGAAAACAUCCACCAUCAAAAGGUUGAGGAAAGCAUUCCUGUCCAGUCCCUGUCAGAAAACGUGCAGCCCAUAGAGGAUGGGCUUCAGAAAGAGGAACAGACAACACAGGAGGUGGACAAAACAAGUAAUCUAGAGGCCUUUGAAGUGGAGCAGCAAACUAUGGAGGACGACAAAAUAGUUUCACAACCUGAGCCAGAACCUGAGCAAAACUCAGAAACUCAACUUCCUGAAUCCUCCACUCUCACUAAAGAGCAGGACCCAGAGCCCCUGCUGCCUGUAACUGACCCAGUCUCUGAUAUUACUGCUGAUCCUGAGGACGACCCCAGCAGCCUUCACCUUCAAGACAACAUCCCAAACAGCGUUUCAGAUGUUGCAUCUGACGUAGCUACACCUGAGGUGAUUGAUUCUGACCAGCCUCCAGCUGACUGUGAAGAAGAACUAGAGAACAACCCAUAUGAUGAUGACGACAGCAGUCCUCCGAUUGUUCUGGAGAACACCUCUAAUGUUCACACUGCAGGUACUCAAACCCACGCUUCCUCCCCUCUGAGUCCUCCGGACGGUCAAAGCUCACAGCGUCUGGAGGCUAACACAUCACACCGGCUUAAAGAGCAGGACCUAAGCUCUACUGCUGACACAGAUUCCAGUGUGAGCAGCAGCAAAGACCCAGAGGACAUCCCCACUUUUGAUGAGUGGAAGCGGAAGGUGAUGGAGAAAGAAAAGACGCAGUCCUCUCACGCUUCUAACAAUGGGGCUCCUGCUGCUGUGAAGAAGGCACAGAAAAACUUCAACAACUAUGCCUCAGUGGAGUGUGGAGCAAAGAUCCUUGGUUCUAACCCAGAGGCAAAGAGCACCUCGGCCAUAUUGAUGGAGAACAUGGACAUGUACAUGCUUAACCCCUGUGGCAAUAAAAUCUGGUUCAUCAUUGAGCUCUGUGAGCCCAUCCAGGUGAAGCAGCUCGACAUCGCUAACUUUGAACUCUUCUCCUCCACUCCCAAAGACUUCCUGGUCUCUAUCAGUGACAGAUAUCCAACAAACAAGUGGCUGAAGCUGGGAACAUUUCACGCCCGAGAUGAACGCACAGUCCAGAGUUUCCCUUUAGACGAGCAUCUUUACGCCAAAUACGUGAAGAUGUUCACCAAGUACAUAAAGGUAGAGCUGGUGUCUCACUUUGGCUCCGAGCAUUUCUGCCCCCUGAGUCUCUUAAGGGUGUUUGGCACGAGCAUGGUGGAGGAGUACGAGGAGAUAGCUGAUCCCUCAGAAAGACCAGAUGAUCUGGAUGAUGACUUGGCUCUCCGUGCAGAUUAUCCUGCUGGAUACACACCGGCUGAAGUCAAGUUAUCCAAGAAUCUGAUUGGAUCAGCAAAGGAUGUCAUUUUGAACAUGGUGAAUAACAUUGCUGUCAAUGUUCUCGGUGGAAGCCAAGAAAUGCAAGGCAACGUGUCGUCACAGGAAGUGAACGUAACUGAGCCAUCAACGCCCCUGGAAACCACCACACCAACUCCCACUACAGACCUGACUACAGUUCCAGAGUCUGAAGAUGAAGAGGUUUUACCAGACCCUGAUAUCCCUGCAACUGAAGCCCCGUCCUCAGAGACUCUUGAACCAGAUAGUCCUACAUCUGAUACAAUCGAACAAGGGCUCCCCCGAGUGGAGGAAAAUAUCGUCAUUCUUGUAGAGAAAGACGAGGAGGAACCAGUCAUCCCAACAAUCAUCCUUUUGGAUAAAGAGGAGGAGUUAGAUGAAGAAGAAGAGAAAAUCAGUCAGCAUGAGCAACAACGAGACAUCCAGAACUCCUGUUUUCUUCUUCCUUCUUUUUCUUCCUCUUGUUCCUGCGCGGUCUCACUCCAGGAGUAUCUCCAUCGACAAUGUUCAGCCCUGCUGUCCAAAAAAAGACAAUGCCAAAUUAUGAACAAAAAACAAAUAAUCCCUCCUAUCCAACCACCCUUUUGGCUCCUGCCCUCAUCCCCCUCCGCCUGCCCUGAUCCUCAGCUGCACCACAGUGGGGUGCAUCAGUCCUAUGAAAAAGAACAAGCUUCUGAGAAGGUGCCAGAGAGCGGAGCCAGCCCAUCACAAACAUCACCUCCUCCAGGGAGCGCUGCAGAGUCUCAGAGAGAGUCCAUGUCCGAACCUCCUCUGCUGGAGCCGAGUGGAACCUCAAACCUCCCCACACCCAGCGCCAACGACUCAUCCUCUGCCAAUCCCACCCCUAUUGUGGAUACGCCGCAGCUGUCUUCAGAGGAGCUGUUAAGGGAGCUGAGGACAGAGAAGAGCCAGGAUGUGCUGGAUGAGGAGAAGCAUAUUCAGCCUUCAGUGUCCCUCAGUAGCUCCACCUAUGUUCAGCCAAGCGUCAGUGCAUCAGCAGACCAUUCCUCAAAUGUGCCUGCAGAAGAAAACUCUGAUACUGAAGUUCCUCAGCCGGAGAUAACCCCCAUCCAAGUCCCAGAUAAGACAGAUCAAUCCAAAGUGGUCAAUCCCACCAUCUCUCCUCAUUCAGAGCAUUAUUAUGACCCUACAGCUGUACCUGAAAGCACCACCCUCACUGAACUGCCCCACACCGCUCCAGACAUUGUUGCAGAACUCGAGCCAGCAACAGAAACCAAAACAGAGGAUAUUGCAGAAGAAAUCUCUGCAUCACUAGUCGACAACGUUCAACUGCUUGGCCCCUCUACUCCUUCUCUUUCAUCACCGUCCCUCUCAGACAUCUACGCAGAUCCUCCCAACGGCACGGAGCAGAACGGGAACCAGGUGCACGGCUCCAGCCAGAAGGAGUCCGUGUUCAUGAGGCUCAACAACCGCAUCAAGGCCCUGGAGAUGAACAUGUCGCUCAGCGGACGCUACCUGGAGCAGCUGAGUCAGAGGUAUCGAAAACAGAUGGAAGAGAUGCAGAAGGCUUUCAACAAAACCAUCAUUAAACUCCAGAACACCUCGAAGAUAGCAGAGGAGCAGGACCAGCGUCAGACUGAGUCCAUUCAGAUGCUGCAGGGCCAGCUGGAGAACAUCACUCAGCUGGUUCUCAACCUGUCUGUCAGGGUCAGCCAGCUGCAGAGUGAGGUUUCAGACAAUCAGUACUACCUGCUGCUGUCUCUGGGGUUGUGUGUGUUUCUCGGCCUGCUGCUGUUCGCCAAACGCUGCUGCAUCUCAACUAUUUCUACGACCACAGAGCCAGAGCCUCCCAUACCUAAGAGCUACACCCACUGCUCCUCUGAAAGGCAGUUCUCCUGCGAUGAGACAGGCUUGAAGAGGAGUGCUUCUUAUCCACUCAUCCACUCGGAGUCUUUUCAUCUAGCCAACACUGAAGACCCUGAAAGUCUGCAUUCAGAGGAGACCCAAAGUCUUUGUCCCGCCAACAGAAAGAGAAGACGCCGCAGGCUGAAAUCCAUAGAGAAAGUGGAGACUCUGAAACCAUCUUUUCAUGCUGCUACAGAACUGUGUAACGGAGCUGUUAUAUACAACAGACUCCCCGUCACCACGAACCCCCCUUCCCUCACAAAACGGUUACUUCAGCCGUUGUUUAGAGACUCGCCGUCAGAGGGCAGCUCAGAGGGAUCCUCUCAUUCUGAUGACCCCUCCUUCUGUGGAAUCACCACAGCCUGCCCCCGAAUCUGCGAUGGGCUCCCUCCACCCAAGACCCGGGCGGAGAAACGGGCUUUAAGACGCAGGCGUCCUAAACCCAGUUGUGCUGUGGACUUGCUUCAGGCCCCGAGGAGGGACCAGAAUGAACCGUCGGCCAUCUCUACCAUACAGGACCUCAUGAACAGAAAAACAGAGCAAAGAUCGGGGACAUUUGGGGUGAAUGUUGCCCUCUCAGGUCCUGUUUGACAUCUGCACUCCUCACUGACUGCUCAUCUCUUUAAAAGAGCAUGGCUUUUUAUUUCUGUAGCUACGGGCAGCUUAACGCUUUGAUAUUACUAUAUCUCCACUCUAAGAGUAAUUUUCUUUUCUCUGUUAAGUUCACUUUGUAUAUAUUUGUUUUCCUUUCAAUGAACAAAAUGUCUUCCCAGCUUUCCAUUAAAGCUUUCCUCUUUUGAAAUGUG